CCCUGGUAGUAAGGAUAGAAGCAGCGAGCGAGAGUGAGCAACAGAGAAAGAGAGAUAUGGUGAGGAUUAUUCCCAUGGCUGCUGCUUCUUCCUCUCUGCAUCUCGCUUCUUUCCGCCCUCUUUCUCUCUCUUCCCUCUCUUCCUGCCGUUCCUCAUCAGCAGCCGCUGCUGCCCGGCUCGCCGUCUCUCUCUCCGCCCCCAAUUCCAACCCUUCCCGAAGGCUUGCUCUCUUCCAUCUCGGCAGCGCUAUUCCACAGGCACAGUUAUUUGGAAUGAAAACACCCAAGCUGUUAAGAGCAGAAGGAAACAGUAUAGAAGCUGGGACAGCUGGAAAUAUAGCGCAAGCAAGCACAGCUAUUGGCCAAGAAAAUGUCUUAGAGUGGGUGAAAAAGGAUAGAAGGAGACUGCUUCAUGUUGUUUAUCGUGUUGGGGACUUGGACAGGACUAUAAAAUUCUAUACGGAGUGCUUGGGAAUGAAGCUGUUGCGGAAACGAGACAUACCUGAGGAAAGAUACACGAAUGCUUUUCUUGGAUAUGGGCCCGAAGAUUCACAUUUUGUUGUGGAACUCACUUAUAAUUAUGGAGUAGACAAGUACGAUAUUGGGACAGGUUUUGGUCAUUUUGGAAUCGCAGUUGAGGAUGUUUCCAAGACUGUGGAUCUUAUAAAAGCUAAGGGGGGGAAGGUUACCAGGGAACCUGGUCCUGUCAAAGGCGGCAAGACUGUAAUUGCUUUUAUUGAAGAUCCUGAUGGUUAUAAGUUUGAACUCUUGGAAAGGGGGCCUACACCAGAGCCCUUGUGUCAAGUGAUGCUUCGGGUAGGAGAUCUUGAUCGUUCCAUAAAUUUUUACGAGAAGGCUUUUGGCAUGGAGCUUCUUCGCAAAAGAGAUAAUCCAGAGUACAAGUAUACUGUUGCAAUGAUGGGUUAUGGUCCCGAGGAUAAAAGUGCAGUUCUGGAGCUGACAUACAACUAUGGGGUUACAGAAUAUGACAAAGGGAAUGGUUAUGCACAGAUCGCUAUAGGCACGGAUGAUGUUUAUAAAACUGCGGAAGCGAUUAAACUAUGUGGGGGGACGAUUACUCGUGAACCUGGACCUCUGCCUGGCAUCAACACCAAGAUCACUGCCUGUUUGGAUCCUGAUGGCUGGAAAUCGGUCUUUGUUGAUAACAUAGAUUUCUCCAAGGAAUUGGAAUGAAUACAGACUGGCAGUAGAUGCAUGAGCUUCUCAUGGCCAUCUCCAUGCAGAGAGUAUCCUCGCUGUUUGGCCAUUUGAUGUGGCCUUUUGCAGGAUUGAUUCUUCUGGAAAGCACUGUAAGAAAAUGCGUUCAUCCCAGUUUGUAGAUAAGUCAUCUCACCUGCUGUAGUAGCAAUGUUAAUAAGCGUAUUUUGAUGGCUCUAUAACGAUGUAGGCGUAUUAUAAUGAGAUGAUUUUCAAUCCGUUCUUUGAUUUAUUAAUAAUAAUAAAUAAAUAAUAAAAAACAAAAACUGGUCUAACUUCCUGAUUUUCUUUCACUGCAACUAGUAAAUGGGUGUAAUUAGGGGGCAAGUAUGCAAGUGGAAUCUUAUCAAUAAUUGCAUUUGGGGAAUAAACAUCUUAAUUAGAGUCA